AUGGAUUAUGAUGACCAUGACGAUGGAAAUGGUGGAGCCAAUGCGUCUGGAAAUCAGUCCGGUCGUGGCCCUGCGUCACGUUCUCGUGGGCGUGCUCAAGCAAAAUGGGAGGCAAUGGCAUCAAGGACUUGGGACGUCAAGGAUGGUGUAGACGGCGCACUCGAGAGUGUGCUGGGUGGCAUUGAAGAAGCUGCCAAAAGAAAAAGAUUGCUCAAGGAUACGACACCAUUGCAGCGAGGCAUCAUCAGGCAUACCUUUCUUGUUCUCGACCUAUCUACCGCAAUGGCAGAAAAAGACCUGCGUCCGACUAGGCUCAUACUUACGAUCAAUUAUACAAUCACUUUCAUACGCGAGUAUUUUGAGCAGAAUCCUAUUUCUCAACUGGGCAUCCUCGGAAUGCGCGAAGGCAUUGCAAUUUCUGUUAGUACCAUGUCGGGAAAUCCCACCGACCACAUUAACGCUGUGAAAGCUCUUCGCGGAACAGAACCCAAAGGCAACCCGUCAUUACAGAACACACUGAACAUGGCACGAGCAGCUUUACAUCAUACGCCAUCUCAUGGCACGCGGGAGGUGGUAAUAAUCCUUGGUGCACUUUUGACUUCAGAUCCAGGAGAUAUUCACGACACAAUCAAGGCCUGCAUCAAGGACCGAAUCCGUGUGAAUAUAAUUGGCUUGGCCGCACAAAUGCAUAUCUGUGCUGAGAUCUGUCGGAAGACCAAUGCUGGAGACACCAACUGCUACAAUGUCGCAACCGACGAAGUUGACUUUAGACAGCUUUUGAUGGCUAUCACGACACCCCCGGUGGUCCGCGCAUCUGAUGCUGAAACCAGGAAUUUCAACCAAGCAGCUUUGUUGAUGAUGGGGUUUCCAUCUCGGGUUGUGGAGGAGCGACCAACCCUUUGCGCAUGUCACGGCAAACUGACGCUCGGCGGCUACCUCUGCAGCAGAUGCGAGGCCAAGGUCUGUGGUCUGCCAGCGACAUGCCCGACGUGCGAUCUGACUCUAAUUCUUUCGACACAUCUGGCACGAUCGUACCACCACCUCUUUCCCCUUCGCAAUUGGGUUGAGGUAUCAUGGUCGCGGGCAAGGCAACGGGGCAGUCUCCGAUGUUAUGGAUGUCAAUCGCCCUUCCCGGCUAUCCCGCAAUCACAGGCUAAUCCCAAUCGCACAACCAACGGAAACGGAGAGGCUGUACAGAAGCGGGCAGAAGGCGCUUCGGAGUCGAGUCGCUACGAGUGUGAAUCCUGCCAAAACCAUUUCUGCAUUGACUGCGACGUCUUCAGUCACGAAGUCGUGCACAACUGCCCGGGCUGUCAGAGUAGCGCAAAUCUGCCGGGCUCGGAAAGUACCUGA